AUGGGUGCUGGUCAUCUGAGCCUUGCGGACUCGUCUUCUCAGGCUUUAUCGUACGCACAAUCAUCAGCUUCAUGGACGCACUCGACGAUUGCUUGGGUUUCUCCAUUUCUCGACGGCCGCCAACUUGAUCGUCUUCGGAUGCAAAGGUGUGUGGCGCUAACGGAUAGGGGCACGUGCUUCCGUCGGCGGGUCUCCGUACCUCAUCCAGCCCCCGGCCUGGGCCGGCCAGAGCGCAAAGCCGUCGUCGAGAACGGGUCUCCGCCUGUCCAGGUCGUGCAAAACAAGCAGUGCUUGAGUGUUGGUUCCUGUAAAGUUCGGACCACCUUACCAGCCAGCGUGUCGUCCCAUCUUGGGCUCUGA